UCCCCCCACCGGAAGUGGGCGGCAGGGUACCAGGAGGAGCAGACCUUAGCGUGGCUUCUCGCGCUUCCCUCAGCGCGCCAUGGCGCGGGCCGGAGCCGCGAAGGGACUGCGGCUGCUCCUACGUUCCGUCGCGCUGUGGCUCGCCCUGCUCGGCGCCAGCACGGCGACUGCGUCCAAGGCGGUGACCGCACACUUGGCUGCGAAGUGGCCCGAGACCCCGCUGCUGCUGGAGGCCAGUGAAUUCAUGGCAGAAGAAAGUAAUGAAAAGUUUUGGCAGUUUGUGGAAACAGUAACAGAAUUAGCAGUCUAUAAGCAGACGGAAUCAGAUUAUUCUUACUACAACCUAAUCCUGAAGAAAGCUGGGCAGUUUUUAGACAAUAUACACAUCAACCUCCUAAAGUUUGCUUUCUCGAUAAGGGCAUACUCUCCCACGAUUCAGAUGUCCCAACAGGUUGCUGCCGAGGAGCCACCACCAGAUGGCUGCGCAGCGUUUGUGGUCGUGCAUACAAAGCGGACCUGCAAAACCAGCGAACUUAAGAAGUUGCUGAGUAAGGCUGCGUCAAGGCCCAGGCCUUACCUAUUUGAAAGAGACCAUAAGUUUCCCACAAGCAGUGAGAACUUACCAGUGGUUAUUCUCUAUGCAGAAAUUGGUACAAGAGCGUUUGCUGAAUUUCACAGAGUAUUGUCUAAGAAAUCAAAAAAUGGUAAAAUCCUGUAUGUUCUCCGCCACUACAUCAAGAAACCAAGCUCAAGAAAAAUGUACUUAUCUGGCUAUGGAGUGGAGCUGGCAAUUAAAGAUACAGAAUACAAGGCAUUGGAUGAUAUCCAAAUUAAAGAUAUUUAUUUUUCCUUUAAUGUAGCUACGACUGAUGCCACUGUAGAAAAUGAGACCGGAGCAGAUGAAGUUCAAGGAUUUCUUUUUGGGAAACUGAAAGAAAUAUAUUCAGAUCUUAAAGAGAAUCUGACAAUAUUCCAAAAGUACCUGAUUGAGAGCAGCAAAGAAAUGACACCUUUGAAGGUCUGGGAAUUACAAGAUCUUAGUUUUCAAGCAGCCUCUCGAAUAGCUUCCACUCCUGUUUAUGAUGCCAUAAAGUUAAUGAAAGAUAUUUCACAGAACUUUCCUGUAAAAGCCAGAUCUCUCACCAGGAUUGCUGUAAAUGAGCUACUGAGAAAAGAAAUACAGGAAAACCAGAAGGACUUACGUGAUAGAUUCGAAAUUAUGCCAGGUGAUGCUCAUCUGUUUAUCAAUGGCCUUCCUGUUGACUUAGAUGUUUAUGACCCCUUUAGUAUUUUAGAUUUGCUGAGAUCAGAAGGGAAGCUGCUGAGUGGCCUUAAAAGUCUUGGGCUCAGUGAAGAAGAGAGGAGCAGGUUUUUAAAAUUAAACUCACCCGUGUGGGACGAUGACUUUGUUUUAGAUAUUCGGCAUUCUUCAAUAGUGUGGAUCAAUGACUUAGAAAAUGACGCUUUGUAUACUGAUUGGCCGACAAGUUGCUGGGAAUUUCUAAAGCCAGUAUUACAUGGAACAGUGCCUUCUGUAAGGCGUAAUUUUCAUAAUUUGGUUCUGUUUAUUGAUCCUGCUCAAGAAUAUACCUUGGACUUUAUAAAUUUGGCAGAAUUUUUUUAUUUUAAUGAAAUCCCUCUUCGAAUUGGCUUUGUCUUCAUUCUUACUAUGGACAAUGACGUUGAUGGAACAACAGAUGCUGGGGUUGCUCUUUGGCGAGCUUUCAGUUAUAUUGAAGAAAACUAUGGUGUGUCAGAAGCAUUUCUUUCUAUGACACAUAUGUACCAAAAAGUGAAGGGUCGUCAUAUACUCACUGUGGAUGAUGUGAGGACUGUUCUUCAAAAUAAAUUUCCUCAUGCCGACAUUUUGGAUAUCUUGGGAACCCAUUCCAAGUAUGACAGCAGAAGAAAGGAAGGAGCAAACUUUUAUAAGAUGACCGGCCUAGGUCCUUUGCCUCAAGCUCUUUAUAACGGUGAACACUUUGGCCUCAAAGAGAUAGACACUGAAGAACUAAAAGGGGCCAUUCUGGAAAAAAUGAUGGAUGCGUUUAUAUAUCUACAAAGAGACGUUUUUAUGGGCAAAAUAACGGAUGAAAUCAAUGCGAUUGAUUUCCUGAUGGACAAGAGUAACGUUGUACCCCGGCUAAAUUCUUUGAUUUUGCACACUGAACCACAGUAUCUUAACUUACUGUCUUCAUCAGUAACUGCUGAUAUUGAAGAUUUCUCUACUUUCUCCUUCCUGGAUUCACAAGACAAGAGUGCUGUUGUCGCAAAGCACAUGCAUUACUUAACCCGAGACGAUGCUGUCAUAUCUGCAGUCACUCUGUGGAUUGUUGCUGAUUUUGAUGUGCCGUCGGGGAGAAAACUGCUCUCUCAUGCGUUAGAGCACAUGGAAACAACUUUUCAUAGUCGGUUAGGAAUUGUUUACAACCCCACGUCAAAGAUAAAUGAGGAGAACACAGCCAUUUCUAGAGGAAUUUUGGCAGCUUUUCUUACACAUGAAAACGACCUCUUGAGAAGCUUUCUCAGGAAACUGGCAAAAGAAGAAACUGCUGAAGCAAUUUAUUCUGGAGAUAAAAUUAAAACCUUCCUUGCUACGGAGAUGGAUAAGAAUGCUUUUGAGAAAAAAUAUAACACCAUUGGAGUAAAUAUUUUCCGAACUCACCAGUUAUUCUGUCAAGAGGUUCUUAAGCUGCGACCUGGAGAGCCCGGGAUUGUCAGCAAUGGAAGAUUCUUAGGACCUUUAAAUGAAGAGCUCCACAAAGAAGAUUUUCACUUGCUUGAAAAGAUAACAUUUAGUGAUUCAGUAGUGAAAAUCGCAGGCAUUGUUGAGAAUAUGGAAAUGAACUCAAAACACAUGAGCGACCUCGUGAUGAAAAUAGAUGUGCUUACCUCUUCAUUGCCCGUGCGUGCCUCUCGCUCUGAUGUCACGUUACUCAAAGAAAAUCUCAGUGUUAUAAAGAUAAAUCCUCCAGAGAACGAUACGUUUUUUGAUGUCAUUGCUGUUGUCGAUCCUUUGACAAGAGAAGCUCAGAAGAUGACACAGUUACUGGAUGUGCUUGGGAAGAUCGUGAACGUGAGGAUGAAGCUGUUCAUGAACUGCAGGGGUAAGCUUUCAGAAGCCCCGUUAGACAGCUUUUACCGUUUUGUUCUGGAACCAGAGCCAUUCUCAGGGGCUAGCAAUAGUCCUUCUCAAGGACCAGUGGCAAAGUUCCUGGACAUCCCAGAAUCACACCUUCUGACCCUCAACAUGAUCACCCCAGAAGGAUGGCUGGUGGAGCCAGUACACAGCAACUGUGACCUUGACAACAUUAACUUAAAGGAUAUUGAGAGGAGUGUUACAGCAGAGUAUGAACUAGAGCAUCUGCUCCUUGAAGGACAUUGCUUUGACAUGACCACAGAACAGCCCCCGCAGGGCCUGCAGUUCACGCUGGGCACAAGAAGCAAUCCUGACGUAGUUGACACAAUAGUAAUGGCCAAUCUGGGAUAUUUUCAACUAAAAGCCAACCCAGGUGCAUGGAUACUAAAAUUACGUGAAGGAAAAUCAGAAGAUAUUUAUGAAAUAAUUGGGCAUGAAGGAGCAGACUCUGAGACUGACGUAGGCAAUGUCAUUGUCGUGUUAAAUACUUUCAAGAGCAAGAUUCUGAAAGUGCAGGUAAAGAAAAAAUCAGGUAAAAUUAAAGAAGAUGUCCUUGCUGAUAAACAUGAAGAUAGAGGCAUGUGGGAUUCAAUUAAAAGGAGCCGUAAGAGAGAGACAUAAAUGCCGACAUAAAACCCGGAGCUGGCUGGAGAGAGGCUGAUGGGGUGAGAGGAAGAGAAGAGAGCAGUGAGAGCACAGUGUGUACGUGCAUAAAGUACCCAGAGAUUGAUGGCAUUUACAGAAGGAAAACCUGGAGCUAUAAAAUAGCUGAAAACAUGUGUGUGUGUGUGUGUGUGUGUGUGUGUGUGUGUGUGUGUGUACCCAAGAUCACGACUGGUGGACCUUGAGAGUGGAAGCAAGAAUAGACAGCUAGGUUCUGAGAGCCCUCAGGCAGCAGUGAGCACAGCAAUACACUCUGGAGGCAGUUUCAGUGGGCAGCUCAUUUUAAUGGAGAAAGCAAAGGCUGUUUAAACCUUUAGGGGUGAGUAGGGGCUAUUGCUGCUGUUGGGGUGAGAAUACAUCAUUCAUUGGCUUGGGCCAGAGCACUGGGGAUGCCUCAUCUGCAUAAGGAAUUUCAGGUGCUUCUGGACAUGACCUUAUAAGAGGAAAAGAAGUUUAGUUGGGGAUUUAGCUCAGUGGUAGAGAGCUCGCCUAGCAAGCGCAAGGCCCUGGGUUCGGUCCCCAGCUCCGAAAAAAAGAAAAAAAAAAAAAAAAGAACUAUACAGAAGUUUAACCUGGGUACCAGGCUUUGUGACCUCCUCCAGUGGGCAAAGGUGGGGACACCAGGCUGUGUGCACCAGAACAUGCAAGCCUGAAGUGGGGGUGGUAAUCCUGCUCCUGCCAAUCUCAGGAUGAGAUUUCCAGGGUUUGUACACACCACCACCCGACUCUUGCUCCAGGCAUACUCCUCCGGGUCCCAUGGCUCCCUGACUCCACAUACAUGCAUGUGUGCAUACAUGUAUCUCCAGCUGGAGGAACCGCAGGAAAGACUUCCCAGAGUAUGGCUAAGACUCUUCCUACAGGAAAGAGGAUGUUCACAGGUCGACGUAGAGUGAAGGUACCUUGGUAGUUGAAGAAACAGUAGGUGUGAUCCUCAAAGAGCAGAAGGUCGUCCAGCAUGGCUGUCACAUGGUGUGUGAUAGGACGUGUGUGAGGCAUGAGGUUAAUUUAGGGCUUUGGGUGUAGUUCUGCAGUAGAAUGCUUACCUAGGAUGUGUGAAGCCCCAGGUCAAUCUCCAGCACCACAAAGGGGCAAGAGGGUGACCAGGAAGAGAAGGUUUGGUUCAUAGAAUCCAAUACUAUGUCUAGACAUGACAGUGUCAUUUGAUGGUCUGGUCUGGAAACUUUGUCCAUCUCUUAAUUCUCCUCCUCCUCUGCCUCCUGUUUCCAGGGAGAUUUUUUAAAAUAAAGUUUUACUGUCCAGUGGAGAGCAGUUAGCUCUUUGCUAAAAUACCAACAAAAGUUCCACAGCUAAUCCAGUGCCAAACCAUCACCAGGUUUCCCAGGCUGAACUGCAUCCUUCAACUGUCCAUGGUUGGGUCAGAUGCUGUCCUUCAGAGCCUAGAACAGGCCUGUCCCACAUGGACCUCCUACAGUGAAAGUGGAGGAAGAGUGGUUCCUCAAAAACACCAACUUGCAGCUAGAUUGGGAAAGGAAGGCAGGCUACAAAGGAAGUUGUUUGGUAUAGAUCAAUUUUAUGGAGAGUCUGUUGUAGAAAUGUGAACCUUCUCUCAUUUUGUUCUGUUGCUGUGAAACAUCAUUAUCAAGACUUGAGGAAGGAAGGGCUCCUUCCUUGCACUGCCAGGCCAUAGUCCGUCAUGAAUGGAGCAGGGCAGGAGCUCACACAGGAGCUUGAAGCUGAAACCAUGGAGGAACACAAUUUGCCGUUUUGUGUUCGUGUUAGCCAGCCUUUCAGGUCUUCCAGUGUGAGGAAUGGCACUGCCCACAGUGGGUGGGGUCCUUUUAUAUCAAAUAAUAAUCAAGAUUGUACCCCGUAGACAUGCCCACAGGCCAGUCCUUCAAUUGAGACUCUGUUCUUAGAUGACUAUAGUCUGUGACAAGUUUACAGUUAAAGCUAACUAGAACAGAACUUUAUUUGAGUUUAUAAAUGUAAACUUUUGGUCAUCUUGAUCAAAGAUAAGAAACUUUAAGCCAAAUAGAUUGAACAUCCUAAAUAAAUUUUGUUGUCAUGCAGUUAGAAGCACUUCCACCAUUUUGGAUUUGGCCCAAUUCGUGUCUCUUUUUCUAUGGCCUACUCUAUGUUAACUAGAAUUGUAUUACUCUCCCAUGUAGCCACUCUCUUUUCAGAAAUUACAGGAAAAGGGGUUGCAGAAUAUUUCUAAAUUUACUGUUAUUGUUGUAUGCACGUGGGUGCUUCCCCCUAGUAUAUCUGCACACUAUAUGACCCCUGCAAAGGCCAGAGCAGGUGCUGGGUCCCCAGAGAUGGAGUCACAGGCACUUGUCACUUACCAUGUGGAUGCUGGGAACUGAAUCUGGAUCUGCUGCCAGAGUAGCCAGUGCUCUUGUCCUGACAUGACUUUCUUUUUUCAUUUUAAAGAUUUUAUUUUAUGUAUGUGAGUACACUGCAGCUGUCUUCAGACACACCAGAAGAGGGCAUCAGAUCUCAUUACAGAUGGUUGUGAGUCACCAUGUGGUUGCUGGGAUUGAGCUCAGGACCUCGGGAAGAGCAGUCAGUGCUCUUAACCACUGAGCCAUCUCUCCAGCCCCUGAUAUGACUUUCUAACCCCAAGAAAAACAUGUUUUAUAAAAGAAGUACUUUUCAAAUCUCAGUCACUAUCAGUAAUAUACUUAUAUAAAACUUAGAUUUUUGAGUUAUAUAAAAUAAUCAGCAUUCAAUAUAUAUAAUGGAUAUCCCACAUUAAUUCAUUCAGUUCUUUUGAAUUUUUUUGCAUUUUUUGUUUGCUUAUCUGGUUUCAUUGCUUUCUGUUUGUUUGUUUGUUUCCUUUGAUUGGAAUAGUUUUUCUCCUCACAUUCGGAUCAUGGUUCCCCUCCCUCUACUCCUCCCAGUCUCUCCCCACCUCCUCUCCCAUCUGAGCCACUCCCUUUCUGUCUCUCAUUAGAAAACAAACAGGCUUCUGGGGGAUGAUAAUAAUAAAACAGAAACCUAACACAUAGGAAUUAGACAAAACAAACAACCGGGAAAAGAGCCCAAGAGCAGACACAGGAACUCAGCCGCUCGUUCACACACAGAGACCCACACAGGCUGUGUGCCACUGCCGCCCCCUCUGUGAACUCUGUGAACUGUGAGCUUUGCCCCUGCUGAAUCAGCGGUCUGCUCUCUUAGUGUCCUCCGUCCUCUCUGGCUCUGAGACUCAUUUUUUUCUUUUCAGACAAGUUCUCUCACUCACUGUGUGGCAGAGGCAGCCCUUGAACUCAUGGCCAUCUUCCUAAGCAGUCACUUUUUUUAAAAAAAAGGAGUGUGUGUCAUGCUCCCGAGUGUGUGUAUGUGUGUAUGUGAGUGUGUGUGCGUGCGUGAGUGUGUGUGCGCGUGCGUGCAUGCACCACAGGUGUACAGUGUUCUCAGAAGGAAGGAGUCAGAUUCCAUGAAGCUGGAGUUAUGGGUGAUUGUAAGUUACCCAGUGUGGGAGCUGGGAACUGAACUCAAUAGAGAAGCAGGACGUGCUCCAGCCCACCAAGUAGUAACUUUUGUGUGUGAUAUUAGAUCUGCACAGAGUCAGUCACACUCUGUCCAUCAGUAUCAGGGUUGUUUUCUGAGGCAGGCAGGGUCUCUCACUGACCAGAGCUCGCUGUGUGUCAGACUUGCUAGCACCAAGCCCCCAGGUUCUGCUUUCGCUUCUGCCCAACCCUGGGAUCCCAUUGCUUUACCUGGCCAGGGGAUCCAAGCCCAGGUCUUCAUAGAGCAGAGCAGGCACCAUGCCCAUUGAUUGAAUCUUUUUCUCAACCUCUGUAGGCAUUUUUAAAUAAUGUUUUAGAGGAGCGAGCGUGCCCCGUGACCAACAUUCACAUUCCUGCUCUAGUCCCAGAAACCCUGUUGUCCAUAACUAACAUUUCUGCUUCCUGAAUUGUCU